UUACGUCAUCUUUUUGCGACAGCGCUUUUACAUGUUCAGGAAGCGAAAUUAACAGGAAAUUUUAGCUUGGGAAACAAGAGAAGAAAACUAUGUCUGGAAGCUUUUACUUUGUCAUGGUUGGUCAUCAUGACAAUCCUGUCUUUGAGAUGGAGUUCUUGCCAGCUGGGAAGCCUGAAUCAAAGGAUGAUCACCGUCAUCUGAACCAGUUCAUUGCACACGCAUCCCUGGAUUUGGUCGAUGAAAACACGUGGCUGUCCAACAGUAUGUACCUGAAGACUGUGGACAAAUUCAACGAGUGGUUUGUUUCAGCCUUUGUCACAGCAGGACAUAUAAGAUUCAUCAUGCUGCAUGAUGUGCGACAAGAGGAUGGAAUCAAAAACUUUUUUAAUGAUGUGUAUGAUUUAUACAUUAAGUUUGCAAUGAAUCCUUUCUAUGAGAUCAACGCACCGAUACGCUCAACAGCCUUUGAGAGAAAAGUCCAGUUUCUUGGAAAGAAGCAUCUCCUGAGUUAAUCUCAGGGAUUUGAGUGCGUUGUUUGUUGUAAUAUACCUGACAUUCUUGUCUUCUGUCUUUUCCUUUUACACAAAAUGUUAAAUGCAUUUAACAGAAAUGCCAGUUUGUAUAAAAUGUUUAUUUCAGAUGUCGUUCCUUUGACUUUUUUUUCAGGAAAGUUUAGUGUAGAUAUAGGUACCUUGUGUCAGUCAUUGCAAAUAAAGCCUAAAAUCUUAAAA